CAAAUCGAAAGGAAAGGAACAAAAUAUUCUCUUUAUAGCUUAGGGAAUAUAAAUUGUUGGAUUUUUUUGGUCAUCACGAGAGAAUCGCACAAAGAAAGAGAACGAAGAGAAAGAGAAAGAGAGAGGAGUGGAGGUGGAAAGGAUUUUGAUAUUUGUUGGACUCAUCAAAAUCGAAAAAAAUCUAAAAGUAUAAAAGAGGUAGAAGAAGCUCUGGAUGCCGUCUCUUCCCGUCGUCGGCGACGGAGGUUAUGCCUGUUGGCUCUGAGGAUCAAUCAGGGUUCCUUUUGAGUGGGUUGUUUUCUUCUGAGGGCAUGGAGCAAGUUUUCGUCUGGCCAAGCUGCUACAAUCAUCAGCUUUUCUCAUUCCAAGAAGCGCUCGAUUGGCGGUUUCUUGUUCCUUCUGAUUUCCUUGUGGGCUCUUUCGUUAACUGCACUUAGUUGUCUAAUUUCUGACUCAGGUCUGAAGUCUGCAAAUUCUUCCUUUUUAUAUUCCUAGAGAAACCUCUUAAUCUUCUCCUUUGCGGACAAAGAUUUGGUAGCCCUCUCUUCCAUAUCUUGUUCUUAUGGGCGCUGGUUGAACAAGGAUAUAUCUUUUUUUUUUUGAGUUUUGAGUCUAAACCUCUGAGUGAGAUGUUGUGAGCUUUGGGUCCUUCCUGUUAGCCAACAUAUUCUUUCUUGUUGGUUCCUUUGUGUCUUUGAGUUCUCAGUAUGUGUUUUGCUCUUCCCUUGCUUUCUUUCUUUUCCCUUAAUGGUCAACCCAUUGGUGCUCAAAGUAAAUAAUAGUCAGUCUAGUCUACCCAGCUGGAGAAUCUUUGAUUUUACUGCUUGGUGUUCAGUCCUUGCUACGAACAACUGAAAGAUUAAUGCUAUAUAAAUCUUUCAGAAGUUCUUUACAUACAUAAAAUAAAGAGGCUACUUUGCUUUACCGGAAAGACAAUGGACAGGUACAAGUUAAUUAAAGAGGUUGGUGAUGGAACUUUUGGUACCGUGUGGCGAGCUAUCAAUAAGCAGACGGGUGAAGUUGUUGCAAUUAAGAAAAUGAAAAAGAAGUACUACUCAUGGGACGAAUGUAUCAAUCUGAGAGAAGUGAAGUCGCUUAGGAGAAUGGAUCAUCCAAAUAUCGUGAAGCUGAAGGAAGUCAUCCGCGAACAUGAUAUCCUAUACUUUGUCUUUGAGUACAUGGAUUACAACCUCUAUCAGCUAAUGAAAGAUCGACAAAAGCUUUUCGCAGAAGCUGUUAUUAAAAAAUGGUGCUUUCAAGUCUUUCAUGGCCUUUCAUAUAUGCAUCAGCGAGGUUACUUUCACCGCGAUCUUAAGCCAGAAAAUCUAUUAGUCUCUAAAGACAUCAUAAAGAUAGCUGAUUUUGGUUUGGCACGGGAGGUUAAUUCGAGUCCACCUUUUACCGAGUAUGUUUCUACACGCUGGUACAGGGCGCCUGAAGUACUCCUUCAGUCAUAUGUAUACACAUCAAAAGUUGAUAUGUGGGCGAUGGGAGCUAUUAUGUCUGAGUUGUUGUCUCUUCGUCCUAUAUUUCCAGGGGCUAGUGAAGCAGAUGAGAUCUAUAAGAUCUGCAGUGUCAUAGGCAGUCCAACUGAGGAGACCUGGUUAGAGGGACUUAAUCUUGCUAACACCAUAAACUAUCAAUUCCCUCAGCUUUCUGGUGUGCCUCUUUCAAGCUUGAUGCCAUCUGCUAGUGAAGACGCAAUUGAUCUUAUUACGGUAACUAACAGUUUUUUAAAAGGAGUUCCCUAUAGCUUUGGACAUAUUUCUCUAAUUUUCGGACACCAAUCUCUGCCUUUUUUCAUGAUUGUUCAGCGGCUUUGCUCCUGGGAUCCAUGCAAGAGACCCACUGCUGCAGAGGCUCUGCAGCACCCGUUCUUUAAGAGUUGCUUUUAUGUCCCACCAUCUCUCCGACCCAAGCCAUCUGUUGCAAGAACUCCUCCGCCUGUUGGACCAAGAGGAUCAUUCGAGCACCAAUCAGCUAAACGGCAGACUGUGUCUCUUGCCAAGCCAUUUAACAAUGUUUCUCCAAAGCCAAGUGCUGCUUUUGGCAGCGGCGUCCAGAGGAAACUCGACAUGGCUAAGCAAGAGGGAACGAGGAACACUAAACCGGUGAGAAGUUCUGUCAAAGACUCCAAAUACAGACCACCCGGAAGAAAGAGUCCUCCUGGAGGUAAUGCAGCAGGUUCGUCAUUGAGCAAGAACAGGGUCGCGCGUGGUGUAUCUGAGACUGCUGAUAAACUUUCCAACAUGAGCGUCAGAGGAACCGUGUCUCGAAGACACUCUGUGUCAGUGAUGCAGCAACAGCAGCUGAAGCCGCCGCCAAUGAAGGCAGGUUGUGUAGGAGAAAAACGUGACAUGUUCCUUAGACCAACCCAACCCGCCACCAGUGCCUACUCUAGGAAAGUCGCCGGCUGACCCAAAUACCUCUCAACAACAGUAAACAGUUUACUCCUGAAUACUAUCUUAUAUAAUAUAUACUCUGGUUUGUCCCUUAAGUCGUCAUUUCAUCAAAAAAGAAAAACAAACUUAAAACGGCUCCUUUUCAGUUUUGUGUCGUCUACAGUUUCUUGUUUUAUUUUAUUUUUUAUACUUUUGACUGUGUGAUGGUUUGUAUUAUGCGUGACGCUUGACUUUAUGGUUUGCAAUAAAGUUCGACUUGGGACUA